AUGUCCCGGAUAGUCUACGAGGAUCCAGAUUAUAAGAUCAAAGAAGAGCUAGCUAGCUAUAAAAUGAGAUCUGGAGAAAGCAAAGAAGUAAAAAAGGUCCGUUAUUUUCUUAUCAACCGAGAAUAACUCAUUAAGGGAUUUUUCAGAGCAGGAAAUCAAAAUCAUCGAUGGAAACACGUGAGGUCUUUACGAUCACCCCUUCAGGUUCAAAAUCUGCCGAAAUGUUGACAACAAUAGAGGUUUACAACGAAGAUAAGCCGGAUUGCAAAGAAGCAUCGCAGCGCCUUAUGGAGAUGCUACGUAUCGGCAAAAAUGACAUUACAGAUGAAGAGGAAGAGACUUCGGCGAGUGAAUGGGAAGAUGAAGAAUUAAACGGAAGAAGGAGAGUUGUCGACGGAGAAGAAGAAGAGGACGAAGGCGAAUGUAUGGCAUACGGGGAGCAUGAUGAUUUCAAGGUGCCACUUGAACAGAUGCUCGAAGAAAAGCUCGGUUUUACGCAAGAUAAGAAUACGAAACCUUAUACGCACAAAGCAGAAAAAACAGAGCGGUGUGAAGAUUCAGUAGACCAAAGGAAGUCAGUUAAUGAUGUAUUAAAGCUUUACAGUCAAAGAAAUGGUCAAAACUACCGUCUCAAACCCAGAGAUGACAUACUUACAAAAAGUGAGUGUCGAGUUCAGUCCUAUCCAAAAUGCGAAGGCGACAGAGAGCUGCCUAAUAAAGGAUACGAUGAGCAAUACUCCAGAGACAAUGCCAUACCUCGUACAAACCACAGUAAUGCCAGUCAGUCUCAAAGUUUUUCUUCAAGCCGUAUUUCCGAACCUAACCACCCAUCUCUACCGGUUGUAAUCCGAACUCAACCGGAACCCGAUGGCCUCAAAUGGUACCACGAUCGCCCCUCACCCGGUCACGGAGCCGCUCUUCGUGAAUUCAAAGACGCCAUCUUCCCACUGUCGUGGCCAAUGAACUUGGUACAAGGCACAUCCACCCUGCAUCAUUACUUUGAUCGCCCCAUUGAUUACCUGAUUUCCUGGAGUGACGAAUGUGCCGCUUACGGAUUCGUCAAGGAGUUCGAAGAUGCUACAGAUACUGUCCCAUUGUGUGUAAGAUUUGGCGGCUUUUGGUCGUUGCAAGCCGUGAAAUCAAUGUAUAUUGGAUGCACAGUUCGAGUAAAGGGGUAUUUGGAAUUAAAGGCGGAUGUUUAUCAUGACGAAGUUUUGCCGGUGGUCCCUAGGGGCACUGAUAAAAGUGGAUUUAUCUUCGGAGGUAAGCAUUUCUUCUCUAUGUUUGAUGGAGCUAAAACUAAAUUAGUUGAGGUACUUAGCCUUGCACUUUUCUAUUCUAGGUAUCCCCAAAGCUUCAGCGUUUGCCCUAGAAUGGGCAGUGAUCUCACGACCAGCUAUCAUCAGAAGUAUUGGCCUUCUGAAGGAGGACAUCUCUUACGAAGAAAGAGAGAAACUCCAUUUGGUCGGCAUUGUAAAAGAUGUCGAGUAUAACGAGGAAUUCACCGUAUGCCAAAGUAAAUGGCCCACGCCGUCGAUCAAAUGUCUGCCAUGUCCACCAUAUCCGGUUGUCAUCAACUGGCUUGAAGUGAGAUUUAUCGAUUUUUGCAAACCUUAUGGGAUUUACCGGUAUGCUAAACCUGAUUCUUGUAGAUCCGUGAAAAAGUGAUAAUGCAUCCCACUCGGCAUAAGAGUAUUUUGCUCCCGGAAUACAUUCAUCAUUAUAUGCGCACUUCCGAGCCAACCAAUGGAUAUGUUCUGGGAUGGGUGGACUUGGAAAUGAAGCCGUCUAGGACUUUUGAUGACUAA